CAAUGAAGGUAUUGAAAUGGAAGAUAAUGCUGAAAGUAAUGAUAGUGAUGAAAACAAAUCUGAUGAUUCCACGAAGGGAUGAAGGCCAGGGUUCUCCUGGGGAUAUGAUGCUACAGAUCGGCUCUGUUACUGGAAAUGCAGAGAUGUCAGAUGAUGCUGAGGUGAUGGAGGUGGACCAAAAUUCCUCUCAGAAGGAAGAAGAUUGUGAAAAGGCUACUGAUGCAGAUGAAGGCAAGAAAGAUGAGGAUGUUGAAAUGAUAGUCACAAAUGAAGGGGUAAAGCAGCUGGAUGAUAACAAAAAGGAUGCCCAGAAAGACACUGAAGAUCUCAAAGAUACUGAUGAUGAUAUUGAAAUGAAACAGGAUGAGGACAAACAAAAUGAAAGUGAAGCGGAAUUACGAAAAGUAAAAUCUGAACCAAGAGAAAACCUGAAAGGUACCAAAUCUACAGAAGAGGAUGAUGAUGAUGAUGUUAAAAUAAUUGAUAUUCAAUCUGAUGAGGAAGAAAAGCCCAAAGAUAAAAAUGUGAAAGUGAAAGAUGAGAAGAAGGAUGAUAAGUCUGUGGUGGAAAAUGGAGAAAUGUGUCUACAGAUUGCCUCGGUCAGUGGAGGGGUGGACAUGCCAGAACAAAAUUUUGAUGAUAAGAAAGAUGAGAAGGUGGACCAGGAUACUAAAAUCAAGGAAGAAACUGUUUCCAAGGACAUCAAACAAGAACCCAAAAGUGGGGAGGGAAAACUGAAGAGCACAUCCAAAACUCAGACCUGUAUAGUCUGUCAGAAGAUUGGUAAAUGUAAAUAUAACAUUGUGAGGAAUGGAGACAUCAAGCAUCUGUGUGAUGAUAUUUGCUUCAAACAGUUCCGUGCCAACCCCACCAUGUUUCUGCGUGCAUCCACUGACAGUCAGGUGACAAAAAAGCCAGAGAGCCCUGCUCAAGCCCAACCUCCAACUGUGCCUCCUCCAUCUCAAGAGAGAUACAAGACAUGCUCCAUAUGUCAGCUGAUGAAUGUGAAAACAUCCAAGCCUUUCCUCAACUGGCAGUGUAUGGACUUCUGUGGUGAGGACUGCCUGGGAAAGUUUCAGUCAGGACUGAAUGCUGCUUGUAACUAUUGUGGUCAAACUGUUCCACAGGCAUCUAAGGCUAAAUUCUGUGCUCGAGUUGAAAACAACGUCAAACAGUUUUGUUCAGGUCCAUGUUAUAAUGAAUUCAAAAAGAGACAGAAACUUUGUGAAUUUUGUCAGAAGGAUGUUACUAAAAUAGCUGAUGCUUUUGUGGCACCGGUUGGGAAAGAUGCUUUGUUCAAGGACUUUUGUAGCCAGGGUUGUUUGCAGAAGUAUGAGGAGAAAGCUAAUGGAGAUGUUGAGAUUGUUGGCAUUGACCGUCCUCAGAAGUCACAGGUACCCCCUAAAGGGAACUUCCAAUGUGCUGUUUGUAGGAAAACAGGACCUGUGAAGCAUGAGAUUAAACUUGAAGGGAAGAUGAACCGACUGUGUAGUGAUCCAUGCUUCUCAGCUUUCCAAUAUGCCAACAAGCUAACAAUGAAUACUUGUGACAAUUGUGGUGUUUACUGCUACAACGAGGGCAUGGCACCACAGUACAUACAGUUUGAAGGCCAGCAGAAACGUUUCUGUAGCUUCAUGUGUGUGAACACAUUCAAAACUUUGAACAAAAAAGUUGUAUCUUGUGCCUGGUGUAACUGUAAGAAGAGCAACUUUGAUAUGAUAGAGCGUGUGGAUGCCAAUAAUAAAUAUCAGCUGUUCUGUUCACUCAACUGUCUCUCAUUAUACCGUGUCAACCUACAGGCGACGUCCAAUCAAGCAGUGGUUUGUGACCAGUGUAGGAAGUUUGUACCUGCUCAAUACCAUCUCACAAUGAGUGAUGCAUCUGUUAGAAACUUUUGUUCCUACCAGUGUGUUAUGACAUUCCAAUCUCAGUUUGCAGGAGGCACCAAUAAAUCUCAGACACCUAUAAUCAACACUGCACCACAGAACCAGAAAACGACGACAGCAAGGACCACUACUAAAAACACACCAACUAGAGUAUCCUCAAGAGCGAACACUGGGCCGCAGAAACAGGCUCAUGUACCAGUCAUCUCCAAUGUGGUUUCCUUGGCAUCACAAAACACAGAUGCAAGCAAGACCCAGGCUAAAAAAAACAAUGCCCCAUUGUUACGAGGUCCACAACAACCAAUUAUGAGGAACUCUCAGAUGCCAACCCUUGUCAACAGUCAGACCCAGCCUAGGGCAUCUGUGACAACUACAGCCAUGCAGACACCACCACAACAGAUCAUUAUUCAGCCUCCACCACCAAAGACCGUCAAGAACAAGUCACUCCUGUGUAAACCUUUUGUACAGACAAAGGCCACAUCCUGUAGGCCUCACACACAGACCAAGGAGACACAGACAGAGGGUGACAGCUCACCUAAGCAGUGUCUGGUACCAGUGCCCAUCCCUUACUUCAUCCCUGUACCCAUGAUGAUGUAUACUCAGUACACACCUGUACCCUUCCCCAUCCCUGUGCCAAUUCCUAUUCCUUGCUUCAUCCCAACUACCAAGAAGUCUGCCAGCAGCAUCUUUAAACACAUAAAGGAAAUCCAGGAGAGAAUUCCUUCUGACCCCUUGGAAGCUGAGCUUCUGAUGAUGGCUGAGGCAGUGGCAGUGGCCGAUCCUGACUCGGAGUCAGAAUCUGACAAUGAGGAUAUUUUACCUCCAGCUAAAUUGCCACCAGCUGAUGGAAAUACGGUGUCCACAUCGGCCUCUCCUAUCCCUGAUGCUGUCCCUGAAGUCACACCCACAGCUGGACAACCUAACGGAGAGUUCGGGGAAGACAUGCUGCAGAUGGCGCUCCGUAUGGCAACAGAGAUGACUUCUGAACCUGUGCUGGACCUGGAGACUUCCAUAGACCCAGUACCUGUAAAUACAGAACCACCACCACCUCCUCCUCAAGAGGAAGAAGAAGAGGACAUUAUCCCAGCAAGGGAGACAAGGUCACGAGGUCGUGGCCCAAAGAGGUCAGGGUCACGAGCAAGUCGUAAGAGCAAGCGACAAAAGGUGGUACAUCCCCUGGAGCAGGAAGAGAAGAUGGAGACAGAACAGGCCCUCGAGCAGGAAGUACCAGAGAUCCCACUGGAUGCCAACAUGUACCUCAAGUAUACAUAUGGUGUCAAUGCAUGGAAACACUGGGUAGUACUGAAAAAUGCCCAGCUAGAGAAAGUGUCGAAACAUGGCUCUGGAAAACUGAAACUCUUCAAGACAGACAUGAUGGGGUGUUCUGCAGAUGAACUAAACUAUUCCCUGUGUUUGUUUGUGAAGGAGGUGCGAAAACCAAAUGGAGAUGAGUAUGCUCCAGACAGUAUUUACUACCUUUGCCUAGGUAUUCAGCAGUACCUAUUUGAGAACAGUAGGAUUGACAACAUCUUCACAGACAUGUAUUAUGAGAAAUUCACAGAAUGCUUGAAUGAAGUCCUGAACAGAUAUGAACCCAAGAUCAACACUGCAGGUCAACUGGUGUGUCGUAUAGAGGAGGAACAUCUUUGGGAGUGUAAACAGUUGGGGGCUCACUCCCCACACGUCCUCCUAAACACCCUUGUCUUCUUCAACACAAAGUACUUCAUGCUCAAGGAGGUUGACGACCAUAUGAAACUCUCCUUCACACAUAUCAUGAAGCAUUGGAAGAAAACUCCAAUCGGCAAAAACAACACAACUGGUCGCAGUGUCUACCUACGCUACUACUGCCCUAACCCAGCUAAAGUCCCAAAUGACAUGAACCAAAAGAAGAAACAGAAAGAGGAGGUUCCUGUGUAUGAACAGGCUGAAAAUCUAGACAACCCACUCAGAUGUCCUGUCAAGUUAUACGAGUUCUAUCUCUCAAAGUGUCCUGAAAGUAUAAAGAACCGUAAUGAUGCAUUCUACCUGACCCCUGAGAGGUCGUGUGUCCCAGAUAGCCCAGUGUGGUACUCCACCCAGAACUUGUCCAGUGAAGCCAUGAAUAAGAUGUUAAAUCGCGCACGAUUGGUCCGUGAGAUUCAGGAGGCCAUGCUACACACACAACCUGUCUAUAUGUGAUGUUUUUUAGACAGGUUCAGGUGUUACAACCAUGUCACACAUACGUGUAUAUAUGUGAUGUUCCUUAAGAGACAUUUAGGAGGCCAUGCUAUACAUACAACUUGUCUGUAUGUGAUGUUAGAAUGUUUGAUGAUGAUCAGGGAAAUUAAAGACACCAUGGUCAAGCAGAUUGUGAGAUGUAAAAAUGUCUACAACAAUCAAGGUCAAGUUAAAUACAAGUAGCAUGUAAGAUGUUUAUAUGUCUUUGUUCAGGGAAAUUUAGGAGGUCACAGUACACACAAUCUAUCAACAUAUUACUGUUACACUGGCCGGACCUAAUUGUUCAGCAUCGUUGAGAAAUUUAUCAUGUCAAAAAUAACAUGUCAAAACCGGUGUGAUCAGUAUUAAACUGUUUAUGUGCCACAAUUUGCUUGUUAACAACUUUCUGAUCAUGUAGAAGAUAUUUUCUACAAAUUAAUUUUUCAAAAAGAAAAAACCGGUGACUUACUGAUUUUUGAGCUUUGAUUAAGUGUAUAUAAUACAAUAUUUUCAAUUUAAUAUCAACUCUAAUUGUCACUUGAUAUAUAUAUAUCAUAAUUUGAUGUAUUUAUUAUAGUUAAAUUUGCAAUAAUUUUAUGGUUUCUACAAAUAAGAUGUGCAGCAAUAUGUUUGUUUUUUCCCUUAAUCAGCUUUAUCAGCUUCAAGAUUGAAUUAAAAAUGACCUUUUGGUUUAGGUAUUUGUCCUAGCUAACUGCUAUUUUGAUAUAUCAUAUUACAUUUGAAUAUAUACUGAAAAUAAAAGGAAGUGCUAUUAGAAAUUGCCUGGUUUACUACAGGAAAUAAAAAGAUGUUUUAAAAUGUAAUAAUGGUGUAAUUAAAAGAUAGGGAACCACUCUCUGUUGUCUGUGAAAAUUUCAUCCAAGUACAUUUAAUUAGUACCUUGUCAAAUUUCAAGUUGAUGCAAGGAUACCCCUCUCAAAAUGAAGUGUUCUGGGCCCCAUCAGUAUCAUGGUUGCCACACCCAAUGAACUGGAGUGGUAACACGGACUCUUUUGUUCAUUGAAUUGAUCAAGGUAUUGACCCUCCUCAUUGGUAUACUGUUACAUUCCUCAUCCAGUGACCAUGCCAACUGAGCAAUGUUUAUUUGGGGACUCGGCCUACAUCUGAUCCUUCUGUCCAACUUGUCCCCUAAAUGUUCUAUUGGCAAGAGGUCAAAUCAACCUGAAAUUUGACAAGGGUACUAAAUGAAAGUGGUUUUCAAUUACACCAUUAAUAUUACAAUUGUAUUACAUUCUAUACAUAUUUUCAUUUUCUGUAAAUCAGGCAAUUUCUAAUAGCUUUUCUUUUUCCUUUCAGUAUAUGAACAAUUUAUAUACCAUGAAUGGCAAAUAUAUUAUUAUUUUCAAAUCUGUUAGAAAAAUCGUUAAAGAUUUUUUAAGUGAUUUUUGAAUUGUUUCCAAAUCAAAAGGUAUGUAUGUAAAAAAAAACAAAGAAAUGUUAAAUCGGGCAUUGUAUAUAAACAUUAUUUUGUUUUACAUAUCAAAACUAAUAGACAUUGAGACAGCAUUGGUAUAGUAUCUACAUGUAUACAAGGAAAUUAUGGGGUUUUUUUUGUUUUUUGUUUUUGCCUAGUACAUGACAAUUGUGUAAUUAUCUGUUCAUAUGUCUAAUGGAAACACUUGGUACCAAGGUAAAUAACAUAACACCUGUAGUGUUUCAUGUCCUCACCCUUACAUUUCCUAUUGUAGGUAUUUAUCCUUUAAUAAGUCCAGAGGACCAACACAUACCAACUUUGGACUCCAAAUUGGAUUGUGUUUAUUGCAUAACAAUGAAAUAGCUUUCUGUUACUGUUUGUACUGAAGUACAAUAGACACGGCUCGUAACCAGACUUAUUGUUUCUACUGAACUACAAUAGACACGGCUCAUUACCAGACUUAUUGUUUCUACUGAAGUACAAUAGACACGGCUCAUUACCAGACUUAUUGUUUCUACUGAACUACAAUAGACACGGCUCAUUACCAGACUUAUUGUUUCUACUGAACAACAAUAGACACGGCUCAUUACCAGACUUAUUGUUUCUACUGAACUACAAUAGACACGGCUCAUUACCAGACUUAUUGUUUCUACUGAACAACAAUAGACACGGCUCAUUACCAGAUUUAUUGUUUCUACUGAACUACAAUAGACACGGCUCAUUACCAGACUUAUUGUUUCUACUGAACAACAAUAGACACGGCUCAUUACCAGACUUAUUGUUUCUACUGAACUACAAUAGACACGGCUCAUUACCAGACUUAUUGUUUCUACUGAACAACAAUAGACACGGCUCAUUACCAGAUUUAUUGUUUCUACUGAACUACAAGUGACACGGCUCAUUACCAGACUUAUUGUUUCUACUGAACUACAAUAGAUAGGCUCAUUACUAGACUUAUUGUUUCUACUGAACAACAAUAGACACGGCUCAUUACCAGACUUAUUGUUUCUACUGAACUACAAUAGACACGGCUCAUUACCAGACUUAUUGUUUCUACUGAACUACAAUAGACACGGCUCAUUACCAGACUUAUUGUUUCUACUGAACUACAAUAGACACGGCUCAUUACCAGACUUAUUGUUUCUACUGAACUACAAUAGACACGGCUCAUUACCAGACUUAUUGUUUCUACUGAACUACAAUAGACACGGCUCAUUACCAGACUUAUUGUUUCUACUGAACUACAAUAGACACGGCUCAUUACCAGACUUAUUGUUUCUACUGAAGUACAAUAGACACGGCUCAUUACCAGACUUAUUGUUUCUACUGAACUACAAUAGACACGGCUCAUUACCAGACUUAUUGUUUCUACUGAACUACAAUAGACACAGCUCAUUACCAGACUUAUUGUUUCUACUGAACUACAAUAGACACAGCUCAUUACCAGACUUAUUGUUUCUACUGAACUACAAUAGACACAGCUCAUUACCAGACUUAUUGUUUCUACUGAACUACAAUAGACACGGCUCAUUACCAGACUUAUUACAGGAUAAAUACAGUAGAGAUUACGACAUUUGAUUAGUUUGUUUAGUGACCUCAAUGCAAGAUACUUUUGUAGUAGAGUAGUUUAGUUAAUGUUUCCACACUAUUAAAUCUCAGUAUUAGUAUAUUACUUUAGUUAUUGUACCUAUAUACACAAACCUUCCCUGUAUUACAUCAUUUGUUAAAAGUCAAUUACAUACUAGUAUGUAGUUCUUAAUGCACUUCCAUUGCCAUAAUUAAAGUAAGAUCUGUACAUGAUUUAGGGCUAACUAUUUGAUGUGGUGAACUUUGGACAUCAGACAGUACUCAUUCACUAUAUAAAUGAUGCCAUCGUUAAUGACCCUAGCAGGUAGCUGUUAUCUGAUGUUAAAAGUCAAUCACAUAAUUUUGAAUAAUAGUAAUGGUUGUUUGUAAGCUUGUAGGCUAGUACAAUAUAAAACAGGUAUAAUUUCUUUUUGAAUUUGUGCUUAUGUACAUUCUAUAAUAAACAAUUACUUCAACAUAUA